AUGGGCGAGUUUGCAGUCGGCUCGAGGCAAGAGACGCCUUUUUCCAUUCACCACCGUAACGAGGUGCUCCGCGCCGGCCUCGGCGCUGCCGGCGGCGGGGGCGGCCAGGCAUCGGCGGCGCUGCUGCUCUCCGCGCUGGGCCUGCGGUUGGUGAGCUCGCACGGCGCGUACCUCCGCCGCAGCGGGGAGGUCGAGAUGCCCGUCGACGCCUGGGCGUCCUACACGGGCACCGGCUGGAGACAGCCGCGCGGACGACUCGAGAUGGAGUGGUAG